AUGAUGUGGAAGCACAUUGCAACAGAGAUGUCUACUAGUUAUAAAACAGUUUUCACUGCAUACCAGUGUGAAAACAGAUUAAAAAGAGUAAAACGAGAUGCCAAAGAAGCUUUAGACAACAAUCGCAUAUCAGGACGAGCACCACGUGUUGUUAAAUACCAAGAUGAAUUACAAAAAAUAUCAUCAAUAGAUGACUCUUUUCUGCCAAAGGUUCGGUUUGGUGUCGGUAUUGCGGAUAUCGAUGAACCAGCUACUAUAAAAAGAAAAUCAUGUGAUAGUGAUACUACUAGUGAUGAUGAAGUUGGAGUUUCUAAGAAGAAAAAACGAAAAACUGCCAAACGUUCCACGACCUCGGCUAUUGACGUCAUUGAAGAAUUAGCUAAACAAAAUGAAGAGACACAAAGAAAAACUCGAAUUUAUAAGAGACGUAUUUUGUCGCAAGCAAACUUUUGA